AUGGAGGAGACAGUCGUGAGGCCCUCAGUGUUUGUGGUGGAUGGACAGAUGGAUGUCCCCUUCAGGAGACUGGAACAAAGCCACAGGAGACAGUGCUGUAGUGCUGCCCGUAUCUGCCUGGCUCUCCUGCUACUGCUCAUGGGUGCCGGGUUGGCUGUCCAAGGCUGGUUCCUACUGCAGGUAUACCAGCAUCUGGGGGAGCUGGCCGCACGCCUGCCGGACCAAGACUCAGAGCAAGACUGGAAGAAGCUGAUGCAAGAGCGGAGAUCCCCCAGGUCCAGCCCAGUGGCACACCUGACAGGGGCCAAUGCCAGCUUGAAGAGCAGUGGGGGCCCUCUGCUGUGGGAGACACAGCUGGGCCUGGCCUUCCUGAGGGGCCUCAGCUAUCGCAACGGGGCCCUGGUGACCACCAAGACUGGCUACUAUUACGUCUACUCCAAGGUGCAGCUGGGUGGCCUGGGCUGCCCCCAGAGGCUGGCCAAUGGCCUUCCCGUCACCCACGGGCUGUACAAGCGAACGCCCCGCUACCCUGAGGAGCUGGAGCUGCUUGUCAGUCGGCGGUCACCCUGUACACAGGCAAACAGCUCCCGCGUGUGGUGGGACAGCAGCUUCCUGGGUGGCGUGGUGCACCUGGAGGCUGGGGAGGAGGUGGUCGUCCAUGUUCCAAAUGAGCGCCUUGUCCAACUCCACGAUGGCACCCGGUCCUAUUUUGAGGCUUUCAUGCCCAUGGAGCCACCAUCCUGCUUCCUGUCUGUGUGGACCUCCUGGAUUGAGUUCCGCCUUGCACUUGAUGGGCAGGCGCUGUGCCCCGUGAGCCACGCCCACGAGCCUGUGCUCAAGUCCCUAUGGCCGCCCGCGGAUGGACGCCCCUCCAUCCCGCUGCCUGGGCGCCUGUGCAUGGUUUGGAGGCCUAUGCUGCUUUUUGACUCAAGCCCUCCAGAGAACUAG